AUAAUAUAUGAACAAGUCCUUGCUAUGGUUGCUGUUGUGCAGAGGGUAAAUCGUAAAUCAGAAAGGACAGCUAAGUUUACCAUUGUCCUAGUUAUGGUUGCUGUUGUCAUACUAUUAGUCUUCAUAGUUGGUAUUAGGAUUUUCUUGAAGAGAAGAAGGCAAUGUUGCGGCCAGAAAGAUGACAUAGUUGGAGUUGAUAGCACCGAGUCAUGCUUAGAGUUCAGCUUUACAGCAAUAAGAGCUGCAACAGAUGACUUCUCAGAAUCCAACAAGCUUGGACAAGGCGGUUUUGGUGUAGUUUACAAGGGAAGGCUUUCAAAUGGCCAGCUAGUUGCAGUUAAGAGGCUAACUCGUGCUACUGCACAUGGAAAUGCGGAAUUCAAGAAUGAAGUACAGUUAGUGGCUAGGCUUCAUCACAAAAAUCUAGUUAGGCUCAUUGGUUUUUGCUUGGGAGCUAAAGAGCGUAUUUUAAUCUAUGAACUGGCGCUCAAUGGAAGCUUAGAUCACAUUUUAUUUGAUCCAAACAGACGGGAGGAUCUAACUUGGAAAAUCCGUUACAAUAUCAUUGAAGGCAUAACACAUGGACUGAUUUAUCUUCAUGAAGAAUCUCAGUUGAGGAUAAUUCACCGUGAUCUAAAAGCUAGCAAUGUCUUGUUAGAUGAAUCAAUGAAUCCUAAAAUAUCUGAUUUUGGGACAGCUGGAUUGUUUGUUGAAGACCAGGAAAGUGCUUCAAGAAUUGUUGGUACCUAUGGUUACAUGCCUCCGGAAUAUGCAAAAUUUGGGAAGAUUUCGACAAAGAUUGAUGUGUUUAGCUUCGGUGUGUUACUCUUGGAAAUUAUUAGUGGAAGGAAAAAUGCAUCAUAUGGCAACCCAAAGCGGAUUGAGCACCUGUUAAGCAAGGUAUGGAAAUGUUGGGCAUUGGGACAACUUGGAGAUGUGAUAGACCCGAUACUAAUAAGGGAAAGUGGGCAAGCGGAAGACAUAAAGCGAUGCAUUCAUAUAGGAUUACUCUGUGUGCAAGAAACAGCGGCAUGCAGGCCUACAAUGACUGAAGUAGUUCUUAGGCUUGAAGGUUGUUCACAAAUCCUCUCUUCUCCUUCAAAACCAGCAUACUUUAUGGGGAUUUCUAGUGAUGAACAAAGUGUAUCAACAAAGGAGAAAAUUCUUGUAUCGAGGAUAAAUGACUCAGACACAGAUUAUCCAACAUAUGGCCAGACUUCAUUAUCAUCUGCUGGUGCCUCAUCAGUUAAUGAGGUUUCUUUCACCCAUACAUAUCCUACAGCUAGAUGAUGAUUUUCCGAAAUUCCAAGUGACUUGAUUCCUUUGGAGAGCAAAAGUAGCAUUAUCUUAAUCUCCUAUAGUCAAAGAGAGUUUAGUUCUUCUGAUCCUUCAGCAAAUGUAAAGGCAAACUCAAAGUUUAGCACACCUACCUUGGAUCAUUAAUAGAGAAGAUAUACAAGUUUUUCUUUGAAUAAAGCUGAUGUUGCUCUUCUAUAAAAUGUACUACUAGUGUUUCUUCUUAUAGAAAAUGUAUGAUUGAUGACAAAUGUCUCAUGAAUAAUCUGCAUCAAUAUAUUACUAU